CUUGCUGCCUUUAUAAAACCCAAGGUUUUGUUUCUGUUACGUCAAAGUAGGACUUCCCAAAUAAACAAAGCAAUGGGGUUCCCAGCUCCUACCCUUUACAUUCUCCUCCUAAUUCAUGUUGUUGCUCUGCUGCACAGACCCAUCUUUGCAGUAAAAAAGUCAUAUGUGGUGUACUUGGGAGCCCACUCACAUGACCCCGAACUGUCUUCAGUUGACUUCAAUCAAGUGACUGAGUCCCACUAUGAGUUUCUGGGAUCAUUUUUGGGAAGUUCAAAUACAGCCAAAGAAUCCAUCUUUUACUCCUACACAAGGCACAUCAAUGGCUUUGCUGCAAAUUUGGAAGAAGAAGUUGCAGCUGAGAUUGCAAAGCAUCCCAAGGUGUUGUCAUUGUUCGUGAAUAGUGGAAGGAAACUACACACCACUCGUUCAUGGGGAUUCAUGGGGCUAGAGGAUAAUGGUGUGAUCCCAUCCAGCUCCAUCUGGAACAAAGCCAGAUUUGGUGAUGGUGUCAUUAUUGGAAACCUCGACACAGGCGUUUGGCCUGAAUCCAAGAGCUUUAGUGAUGAAGGGUUUGGACCAAUUCCAUCCAAGUGGAGAGGAAUCUGUGAUAACGCCAUUGAUCACAGUUUUUACUGCAACAGGAAGCUAAUUGGGGCAAGGUACUUCAACAAAGGCUACUCAUCUGUUGCUGGCCCACUGAACUCCUCCUUUGAUUCACCUCGUGACAGGGAAGGCCAUGGAUCCCACACUCUCUCCACAGCUGGUGGAAACAUGGUACCUGGUGUCAGUGUCUAUGGCCAAGGCUAUGGAACAGCAAAAGGUGGCUCACCAAUGGCCAGGGUGGCAGCAUACAAGGUUUGCUUUCCCCCAAUUGAUGGUGAUGAGUGUUUUGAUGCAGACAUACUUGCUGGCUUUGACAUGGCCAUCCAUGAUGGUGUUGAUGUUUUGUCUGUGUCCCUUGGUGGCUCUGCCUCUACAUUUUUCAAUGACAGUGUUGCCAUUGGAUCUUUUCAUGCUGCUAAGAGAGGCAUUGUGGUGGUUUGCUCUGCUGGCAACAGUGGCCCUGCUGAGGCUACUGCUGAAAACGUUGCACCAUGGUACAUCACAGUUGGUGCCAGCACAAUGGACAGAGAGUUCCCCAGUUAUGUUGUCCUUGGUAACAACAUGAGAUUCAAGGGUGAGAGCUUAGCAGAUGCGAGAUUGGCACACAAGUUGUACCCACUUGUCAAAGCUACAGAUGUUAAAUUGGCAAGUGCAACUGUUCAAGAUGCUGUGCUGUGCCAGAAUGGAACUCUGGAUCCCAACAAGGUCAAGGGAAAGAUUGUACUGUGCCUGAGAGGAAUAAAUGCAAGAGUGGACAAGGGAGAGCAAGCUUUGCUAGCUGGUGCAGUAGGAAUGGUCCUUGCCAAUGAUAAGACUAAUGGGAAUGAAAUUUUAGCUGAUCCUCAUGUCCUUCCUGCUUCUCAUAUCAAUUUCAGUAAUGGUGUUGCUGUCUUUGAUUACGUCAACUCAACAAAGUUUCCAGUGGCUUAUAUUACACAUCCUGACACCAAAUUGCAUACCAAGCCAGCCCCCUUCAUGGCAGCAUUUUCAUCUAAAGGACCAAAUACUAUUGUACCAGAGAUCCUAAAGCCUGAUAUCACUGCACCGGGAGUGUCAGUUUUAGCGGCUUUCACUGAAGCAGAAGGGCCAACUAACCAAGAGUUCGACCAACGCCGAAUCCCUUACAACUCGGUCUCAGGGACAUCAAUGUCCUGUCCUCAUAUUUCAGGCAUUGUGGGCCUGCUGAGAACCAUAUAUCCUUCUUGGAGUCCUGCUGCUAUCAAAUCAGCAAUUAUGACCACAGCUACUACGCUAGAUAAUGAGAGGGAGCCACUGCUGAAUGCUACUAACAGCCAGGCAACACCAUUCAGCUAUGGCUCAGGACAUGUCCAACCAAACACAGCAAUGGAUCCUGGCCUAGUUUAUGACACAACAAUUGAUGAUUACCUGAACUCCCUAUGUGCUUUAGGCUACAAUGAAACACAAAUCUCAGUUCUUUCAGAAGGUCCGUAUCAAUGCAACAAGAACUUUAGUCUCCUCAACCUGAAUUAUCCUUCAAUCACGGUCCCGAAUCUCAAAGGGACAGUCACAGUUACAAGGACAUUGAAAAACGUUGGUUCUCCUGCAACAUACAUUGCUCACGUUCAACAUCCAAAUGGGGUCACCAUUUCUGUGAAGCCAAACAUGUUGAAGUUUAACCAUGUUGGUGAAGAGAAGAGCUUUAAAGUGAAGUUGAAGGUUAAGCAAGGAAAAACAACAAAUGCAUAUGUGUUUGGGAAGCUGAUAUGGUCAGAUGGCAAGCAUUAUGUGAGGAGUCCAAUAGUUGUGAAGGCCCUCUAGAUAGAUAUUGAAGUAGCUAAUUUGCAUUUCUAAUUGAUUGGUAACUUAUGCCAAAUUGUACCCUGUGCUUCUGGGAAGUUUUCUCCCACAGUGAUCAACAACAAUGAUUGUGUAAGAGAAAAAAGAAUAACCAAAAACAAAUAAUGUCGUAAAUGGCUUUCUUUCGGCAUAUAUUUGACUCAUUAUAUGAUUUCAAAGAGAAAUGAAGAAUGUUCAUCUA